AUGGACGCAAACAUGGAACGAUUACGAUUCCUUAAUUUUGACUUUGGUUCCUUAAGACUGGUUACAGUGGUAGGGUUGGGAGAAAAUGUAGUUACUCUUCUUUUGAUUCUGAUACUCACAGUAAUGAGAAGGAGUGAUAGAUGUAACAGAAGGAAAAACUACAUUGAGAAGAUUGUGUUGUAUGUAAUACCUGCACUUGGAGCAUGUUUGUCAUGUGUGGACCUCGUGGUGCUUCUGAGGACAAAGUGUAUGCGAGCUUUCAUUAUCUGCUUUCUCCCUUUGUCUCGUUUCGCAUUGUGGAUUGGCAUCAUGCUGCAAUCUAAGUUUGCAUGCGCUUGCUGCGUUUUCAGUAGCCGGAUGCUAUGUUUCUGGUGGAUCCUUAGAUUACCAAUGGGGGCCCUUCAUCUCAACAUGAUUUUCACUUUAAAGCCUUUGGAGAUUUGCCUGAUCAUUUUGGACAUUGCUUUUGGUAUCUCUAUCAACAUCGUAAGGAUACAGCAUGCACCUCCCAGGAUCAGUUCUUUGGAAGAUCCACUUAUUGAAGAAGGUGAUGAUCAAAGGCGCAUUGGGAAAACUGGUAGCUGGUGGGAUUGGUUCACUUUUGGACACAUCAGUUUAGUAAUGAGACAUGGCUCGAUGAAGCAGCUCGAAUUCAAAGAUCUAAUUCCUCUCCCACUUGAUAUGGAUCCUUCUACUUGUUGUGAGAAUUUAUUGAGAUGCUGGCAAUUUCAAGAGUGCAAUAAUCCCUUAAAUCCAUCACUAAUCUGGUCGAUUUCUGGUGUGUAUGGAUGGCCAUAUUUUCGUCUUGGACUGCUGAAGGCCUUCAAUGAUUGCAUCGGCUUUGCAGGCCCCUUAUUACUCAACAGACUUAUCAAGUAUCUUGAGAAAGGUUCAAGAAGUUCCAUUGGCUAUACCCUCGCUAUCUCCUUGGGCCUCACAUCUAUCUUUAAGUCCUUUCUUGAUACACAAUACACAUUUCGUCUAUCAAAGCUUAAACUAAAGCUACGAUCUAGUAUAAUGAGUGUCAUCUACAGGAAGUGUUUGUGGGUGAACACAGCGAACCGGUCAGGAUUUUCCGAGGGUGAGAUUCAAACAUUCAUGUCGGUAGAUGCUGACCGCAUUGUCAAUUUGUGCAACAGUUUGCAUGACAUGUGGAGCUUGCCUUUGCAAAUCGGGAUAGCUUUGUAUCUUUUGUAUACUCAAGUCAAAUUUGCGUUUCUUUCUGGACUUACAAUUACCAUCUUGCUAAUACCAGUCAAUAAAUGGAUAUCCGUGCUAAUUGCGUCUGCAACCGAGAAAAUGAUGAAGCUAAAAGAUGAGAGGAUUAGAAAGACAGGAGAGCUUCUAACAAAUAUCCGCACGCUAAAAAUGUAUGGUUGGGAUAGUUGGUUUGCUAAUUGGUUGAAGGAAACAAGAGCCACCGAAGUCACUUACCUAGCGACUCGGAAGUAUUUGGAUGCUUGGUGUGUUUUCUUUUGGGCAACGACACCAACUCUUUUUUCUCUUUGCACUUUUGGUGUCUUUGCACUGAUGGGUCAUCAACUUGAUGCGGCAACGGUAUUUACUUGUCUUGCUUUGUUCAAUAGCUUAAUCUCCCCAUUAAACUCGUUUCCAUGGGUAAUCAACGGCCUUAUUGACGCCUUUAUAUCCACCAGGCGUGUGAGCAAAUUCUUGCGCUGUUUUGAGCAUAGUAGAGAUUCCUCUAUAGAUUCUGGUUUGCUCUCUGAAGACUUAGUCGUGUUUGUGGAAGAUGCAUCUUGUAUUUGGUCAAGUAAGGUUGAAGAGGAACAUAACUUGACAGUUAAACAUGUCAGCCUAAGAGUGCCAAAGGGAUCAUUUGUUGCAAUUAUCGGUGAGGUUGGUUCAGGCAAAACAUCUUUGUUAAAUUCACUACUAGGAGAAAUGCAGUGUGUUCAUGGAUCAAUACUUUUAAAUGGGUCGGUGGCAUACGUACCACAGGUCCCAUGGAUUUUAUCUGGAACUGUACGGGAAAAUAUAUUAUUUGGGAAGACUUUUGACUCCAAAAGGUAUUUUGAGACCUUGAGUGCUUGCACACUAGACGUCGAUAUUUCACAAAUGGUCGGAGGUGACAUGGCAUGUAUAGGUGAUAAAGGAGUAAACUUAUCUGGAGGACAGAGAGCUCGGCUUGCUUUGGCCAGAGCUAUUUAUCAUGGUUCAGACAUGUAUCUUCUAGAUGAUGUACUAAGUGCAGUGGAUUCUCAAGUAGGCUCUUGGAUUUUGCAAAGAGGACUUAUGGGUCCUCUGUUGAACAAAAAGACUCGCAUUAUGUGCACUCACAACAUUCAGGCGAUAUCUUGUGCAGAUAUGAUUGUUGUGAUGGAUAAAGGAAAUGUGAAAUGGUCAGGAACUGUUAAUGAUAUGCCCAAAUCCAUCUCUCCAACAUUUUUUUUAUCCAAUGAAUAUGAUAUGUCAUCACCGGCGCACUUGACCAACAAAAGAAAACAACCACUUUCUAUCAAGAAAGCCGAUAUAAAUGAAAUUAAUGAAGCUGCAGAUAUUGUGAAAGUGGAGGAGAGAAAAGAGGGACGAGUUGAAGUGACGGUUUAUGGGAACUACGCUGCGUUUUCUGGUUGGUUCAUUACAGUUGUAAUAUUGGUUUCAGCGGUUUUGAUGCAAGCUUCCCGUAAUGGGAAUGAUUUGUGGCUAUCGUAUUGGGUUGAUAAGACAGGAAGAGGAGUAACACAUUACUCAACUUCGUUUUAUCUGAUGGUUCUCUGUAUCUUUUGCAUCAUCAACUCAAUAUUAACCUUGGUGAGGGCAUUCUCGUUUGCAUUUGGAGGACUAAAAGCAGCAGUGCGUGUUCAUAGUGCAUUAAUUUGUAAGCUUAUAAAUGCACCUAUACACUUCUUUGAUCAGACACCAAGUGGAAGAAUACUUAACAGGCUUUCCUCUGAUCUAUAUACAAUCGACGACUCUCUCCCAUUUAUUCUCAACAUUCUCCUAGCAAAUUUUGUUGGCUUGUUCGGGAUUGUUGUAGUAUUGUCCUAUGUUCAGGUUCUGUUCCUGCUUCUGCUUUUGCCAUUUUGGUUUAUAUAUAGCAAGCUUCAGUUCUUCUAUAGGUCAACAUCAAGGGAACUACGAAGGUUGGACAGUGUUUCACGAUCACCAAUCUAUGCAUCUUUCACGGAGACACUUGAUGGGUCACCAACUAUCAGGGCUUUUAAGUCUGAGGAGCUUUUCGUAGCUAGAUUUAUCGAGCACUUGACAUUGUACCAGCGGACUUCUUACACGGAGAUAAUUGCAAGCUUGUGGCUCUCCUUGCGCCUUCAGUUGUUAGGAGCAACGAUUGUCUUAUUUGUCGCUGUAAUGGCUGUUACCAGCUCCCGGAAAAACUUUCCAAUCAGUUUUGGUACACCUGGAUUGGUGGGAUUGGCGCUCUCAUAUGCAGCUCCUUUGGUUUCUCUGUUAGGAAGCUUCUUAACAAGUUUUACAGAAACAGAGAAGGAAAUGGUUUCUGUUGAAAGGGUUCUAGAGUACAUGGAUGUACCUCAAGAAGAAGAGUCCGGUGACCAAUCUCUCAAUGGUAAGUGGCCGGUUAAUGGAUUGGUUGAGUUUCACAAUGUGACAAUGAGGUACAACUCAACUCUGCCUCCGGUACUCAAACACAUUUCUUUUACAAUCCAAGAAGGAAUGCAGGUGGGAGUGAUUGGAAGAACUGGUGCCGGAAAAUCUUCGAUCUUGAAUGCCCUUUUUCUGCUUACCCCUGUUUGUAGUGGAGAGAUAAGGGUAGAUGGAAUUAACAUAAACCAUCUUCCUGUUAGAGAGCUUCGUUCUUGCCUUGCUGUUGUUCCUCAGAGCCCUUUUCUGUUUCAAGGGUCAUUGAGGGAUAACCUUGAUCCUCUUGGGUUGAGUGAGGAUUGGAAAAUAUGGGAGAUUCUAGAGAAGUGUAAAGUUAAAGCAGAGGUAGAAAGUGCAGGAGGGUUAGAUUCAAUUGUUAAGGAAUCUGGAUGUUCCUUUUCUGUUGGGCAGAGACAGCUUCUGUGCCUCGCACGUGCUCUGCUCAAGUCAUCUAAGAUCCUUUGCCUUGAUGAGUGCACCGCUAACAUCGAUGUCCACACAGCUUCCCUACUGCACAACACAAUAUCCAGUGAAUGCCAAGGCGUAACCGUCAUUACCAUUGCUCACCGCAUUUCUACAGUUGUUGAUUUGGACAGCGUCCUAAUCCUUGAUGGCGGAAUCCUAGUUGAACAAGGAAAACCUCAGCAUCUUCUGCAAGAUGAUCGUUCAAUUUUCUCAAGCUUUGUCAGAGUGAAAUGUUAG